AACAGGCCAAGGUGAAUGACGGACUGUUUGAGGAGCUGGUCCUUGAGCUGGUCCGGGUGUUGCGAGGCCAUUGGCGCAGAGCAUUCCAGGCAACGGAAACAGCAGGAAUCAUCUGAGUCCUUCACAGUGGCGUCCAGCCCCGCCCCGCGCCGUCGAGGCAACGACCCUCUCACCUCCAGUCCUGGGCGAAGCUCCCGGCGUACGGAUGCCCUGACUUCCAGCCCUGGCCGAGACCUUCCUCCCUUUGAGGAUGAGUCGGAGGGGCUGCUGGGCACAGAGGGGCCCCUGGAAGAGGAGGAAGAGGAUGGAGAGGAGCUUUUCGGAGAUGGCAUGGAAAGGGACUACCGUGCCAGGCCGGAGCUGGACUUCUACCCAGACAGCGACGAGGAGGACGAGGAGCGGCCCAGUCGCAAGCGGCGCCAGGUGGAGCGGGCCACGGAGGAUGGCGACGAGGACGAGGAGAUGAUCGAGAGCAUCGAGAACCUGGAGGACCUGAAGGGCCACUCGGUGCGCGAGUGGGUGAGCCUGGCGGGCCCGCGCCUGGAGAUCCACCACCGGUUUAAGAACUUCCUGCGCACCCACGUGGACGGCCACGGCCACAACGUCUUCAAGGAGCGCAUCAGCGACAUGUGCAAAGAGAACCGCGAGAGCCUGGUGGUGAACUACGAGGACCUGGCUGCCAGGGAGCACGUCCUGGCCUACUUCUUGCCUGAGGCGCCGGCAGAGCUGCUGCAGAUCUUCGACGAGGCCGCGCUGGAGGUGGUGCUGGCCAUGUACCCCAAGUACGACCGCAUCGCCAGCCACAUCCAUGUGCGCAUCUCCCACCUGCCUCUGGUGGAAGAGCUGCGCUCACUGAGGCAGCUGCAUCUGAACCAGCUGAUCCGCACCAGCGGGGUGGUGACCAGCUGCACGGGUGUCCUGCCCCAGCUCAGCAUGGUCAAGUACAGCUGCAGCAAGUGCAGCUUCGUGCUGGGGCCGUUCUGCCAGUCCCAGAGCCAGGAGGUGAAGCCGGGCUCCUGCCCCGAGUGCCAGUCCACUGGCCCCUUUGAGGUCAACAUGGAAGAGACCAUUUACCAGAACUACCAGCGCAUCCGAAUUCAGGAGAGUCCUGGCAAAGUGGCGGCCGGCCGGCUGCCCCGCUCCAAGGACGCCAUCCUCCUCGCAGAUCUGGUGGACAGCUGCAAGCCAGGAGACGAGAUAGAGCUGACUGGCAUCUACCACAACAACUAUGACGGGGCUCUCAAUACCGCCAACGGCUUCCCUGUCUUUGCCACUGUCAUCCUAGCCAACCAUGUGGCCAAGAAGGACAACAAGGUUGCCGUGGGGGAGCUGACCGAUGAGGACGUGAAGAUGAUCACCAGCCUCUCCAAGGACCAGCAGAUCGGGGAGAAGAUCUUUGCCAGCAUCGCCCCGUCCAUCUACGGCCACGAAGACAUCAAGAGAGGGCUGGCACUGGCUCUGUUCGGAGGGGAGCCCAAGAACCCAGGUGGCAAGCACAAGGUGCGUGGCGACAUCAACGUGCUCCUGUGUGGGGACCCCGGCACGGCCAAGUCUCAGUUCCUCAAGUACAUCGAGAAAGUGUCCAGCAGAGCCAUCUUCACCACCGGCCAGGGUGCCUCAGCUGUGGGCCUCACGGCCUAUGUCCAGCGGCACCCGGUCAGCAGGGAGUGGACCCUGGAAGCUGGGGCCCUGGUGCUGGCUGACCGAGGGGUGUGUCUCAUCGAUGAAUUUGACAAGAUGAACGACCAGGACAGAACUAGCAUCCACGAGGCCAUGGAGCAGCAGAGCAUCUCCAUCUCGAAGGCCGGCAUCGUCACCUCCCUGCAGGCUCGCUGCACCGUCAUUGCCGCUGCCAACCCCAUAGGAGGCCGCUACGACCCCUCGCUCACCUUCUCAGAAAACGUGGAUCUCACGGAGCCCAUCGUUUCUCGCUUCGACAUCCUGUGUGUGGUGAGGGACACGGUGGACCCAGUCCAGGAUGAGAUGCUGGCCCGGUUUGUGGUCGGCAGCCACGUCCGACACCACCCCAGCAACAAGGAGGACGGGCAGGGUGGUGCCCCGGAGCCCACCAUGCCCAACACGUACGGCGUGGAGCCCCUGCCGCAGGAGGUCCUGAAGAAGUACAUCACCUACGCCAAGGAGAAGGUCCGCCCCAAGCUCAACCAGAUGGACCAGGACAAGGUGGCCAAGAUGUACAGCGACCUGAGAAAGGAGUCCAUGGCGACAGGCAGCAUCCCCAUCACCGUGCGGCACAUCGAGUCCAUGAUCCGCAUGGCGGAGGCGCACGCGCGCAUGCACCUGCGGGACUACGUGCUGGAGGACGACGUUAACAUGGCCAUCCGCGUGAUGCUGGAGAGCUUCAUCGACACGCAGAAGUUCAGCGUCAUGCGCAGCAUGCGGAAGACAUUCGCCCGCUACCUAUCGUUCCGCCGAGACAACAACGAGCUGCUGCUCUUCAUCCUGAAGCAGCUGGUGGCAGAGCAGGUGACGUAUCAACGCAACCGCUUCGGGGCCCAGCAGGACACCAUCGAGGUGCCGGAGAAGGACCUGGUGGACAAGGCUCGUCAGAUCAACGUACACAACCUGUCUGCCUUUUACGACAGCGAGCUGUUCAGGAUGAACAGGUUCAGCCACGACCUGAAGCGGAAGGUGAUCCUGCAGCAGUUCUGAGCGUCCGCGAGUCUGGGCUCCAGCUUCACCCACAGCCCCGGGGUUUGUCUCCAGGCUCACUUCCUGCGCCCUCCGUCUGAGGGGCCUGCCUCCCCACGCUGCUGUUCCUGCAGAGGUUGGCUCACCUCCCCCCUUGGGUCGCGGUCAGCCCUAGGUGUCUGAGCACAGCAGGGGACGAAAACUGCUGUUCUCGUGGCCUGAGUUCCGUGUCCUGCCGGUUCUCUGGCUCCCGGGAGUAGAGCACACGGGUGCUGUGGGGGGCCCCAGCCUGUCCUCACGGCCCUGCGGCCGUGGCUCCCUCCUGGUGGAGGGGUCGGCUUCGGGUCAGGUGGUGGUGAGUUGGGAAGGAGGGUCUUGGAGCCAGGCCUCUUUGUCGCCUUUGCUGUGGUCACGUGUUCUCCUGCCUACUGUUUCCCCAUUCUCUUGUUUGUACAUUCAGUUCUUGUUUCUGUGGUUUUAGAUUUUAAUAAAACGGAGUUAAAUCUAAA